GCUUAACUCACGGACUGAUUAUCACGGCUGACAUGGAAUCAGCACCGAAACGACGUCGCAUCUCACGCUCUCCGUCACCAACAUACAAAUUCGAUGAUGAGGACGAUGACUAUGUGCCCUACAUUCCUGUUGCCCAACGACGAGAAGCUAAGCUGGCGAAACUUUCUUCAUUAAGCACCGUUUCUGACAGGACGAAGGCAAAGAAGCAGCUAGAAGAAUUAUUGGAGCGCGAAGAUGCAGAAAGGGAAGAGGAACGGCAACGCGAGAAGACACGGAAGGAGAGGCCUUUGCUCAUGGAAGCACAGGAAGUACACGAGCGCAAAGCUGCAGAGAAUGCAAAGAAGACUGAAGUAGAAAAAGAAGAAGAAGCGGAUGCAGAGAUACUUGCUGCCAUAGCAAGUCGCAGGAAACUCGCAUCUGAUCUAGAACUUGCGAAAGGCAUAUUGUACACAGACUCCCUCACAACAUCAUGGCGGCCGCCGACAUAUAUUCGAGAACGCACAGAUGAGCAACAUCGACGACUGCGAGAAAAAUACCACAUCAUUGUGGAUGGAGAAGACAUACCUCCUCCUAUUGAACAUUUUUCGGACAUGAAGAUACCAGAAUCGAUGCUGCAAUUUCUAAAGUCCAAGAAAAUCAAUACUCCAACACCUAUCCAAUUACAAGGAAUACCCACUGCAUUCGCUGGUCGAGAUAUGAUUGGCAUUGCUUUCACUGGUUCCGGCAAAACCCUUGCCUUCUGCCUUCCUUUGAUCAUGCUCGCACUGGAAGAAGAGACGAAGCUCCCGUUUGUUCGUGGAGAAGGCCCAGUAGGUGUUGUUCUUUGUCCCUCGCGCGAGCUGGCUGCACAAACAUAUGAAAAUGUGCUUGCCUGGACAGCCGCGCUUGCAAAAGACGGAAAAUAUCCACAGCUGAAUACCCUCCUCUGUAUUGGCGGCAUAUCAAUGGGCGAACAAAGUCACGUGCUCAAUAAGGGUCUACACAUUGUGGUAGCUACUCCUGGCCGUCUGAUCGAUAUGCUAGAGAAGCGCAAGUUCACAUUUAACAACAGCAAGUUUUUGUGUAUGGAUGAAGCUGAUCGGAUGAUUGAUUUGGGUUUCGAGGAUGAUGUACGCAACAUUAUGAGCUUUUUCAAGCGACAACGGCAAACUUUGCUUUUUUCUGCGACAAUGCCUCGAAAGAUCCAAGACUUUGCGCAGCAGUCGUUGAUCAAACCUGUUCUUGUGAAUGUUGGCCGCGCUGGCGCCGCAAAUUUGGACGUUCUUCAGGUGGUGGAGUAUGUUAAGCAGGAGGCAAAGAUGGUUUAUUUGCUGGAGUGCCUUCAGAAAACUGCUCCUCCAGUUAUUAUCUUUAGUGAGAACAAAAAUGAAGUCGAUGAUAUACAAGAAUAUCUCUUGCUGAAAGGUGUCGAGGCUGUGGCAAUUCAUGGUUCAAAGACGCAGGAGGAACGGCAAUACGCAAUUAAAUCGUUCAAGUCCGGUGCGAAAGAUGUUAUGGUUGCUUCGGGCGUUGCCUCGAAGGGCCUCGACUUCAAUGAUAUCCAACACGUCAUCAUCUUCAGCAUGCCGAAAGAGAUCGAGGACUACGUGCAUCAAAUUGGCCGUACGGGACGUAGCGGAAAGACUGGCAUAGCUACAACGUUUGUAAAUAUGACAACACCAGAGCAGACACUUCUAGAUUUGAAAUAUUUGUUGAUGGAGGCUGGACAGAAGGUUCCGCCCUUUUUGCGGACCAUUGAAGAUCCUCGAGCAGCACAGGGUGGCUCUCUCAAAGGUUGUCCUGUAUGUGGGGGUCUUGGACACGGAAUAUCGAAUUGCCCGAAGUUGGAAGAUGCUCAGAGACGACAGAUGGCAUCGCAUAGAGCUGCUGAUGAUGGGGGCGGUUAUUGAACUUAUGUACAAGGUCCUGAGUUACACUAUCACACUUCAUUUUAUCAUUCUACAGUUAUCUUCCCGCCUGCAUCCAGGCUGCUAAGAUAUCCCCGGCUGUGUGUUUACUGGCCUCACACCAUGAAGCUUGGUCUAAGGCUUACUUGCUGUGAAACCGUA